GAUGCUUAAGCAACUGAGCCACCAGCUCCCUGUUUUGUUUUUCUAAAUUCUUGCAUUCUCUAGGUAAUCAUAUAUUUUGCAAUGAAUUCUUUUAGCUUUCAGUAUUUUUGCCUCAUAGUUCCUAUUUAUUUAUUUAUAUCAUGGAUCUUUUUCAUUGACUAGAACUUCCAAUACAAUGUUGAAUAGAAAUGAUGAGCUUCCACAGUAUGGCUGACGACAUAGCUAGUGCUCACUCUACUCUCUUUAACGGGGAAACAGCGGACUACAGGAGACUGAACUGUAUCUGCCUCUAUUUCCAACAGGCUCACGUUCGUUCAACUUUCACUCAUGAAAAAAAAAGCCAGGAAAAUUUUAUUAAUCCUUUUUUUAAAAAAAAUUUAAUAUAAAAUUAUAGCAAAAAAAAAAAAAAAGGAAACUGAACUUUAGUAGCACAACUGGAACAAUCUGCAGCGACGGCAGCAGCGGUGGGAGAAGAGAUUUAAUUUAGUUGAUUUUCUGUGGUUGUUGGUUGUUUGCUAGUCUCACGGUGAUAGAAGCUGCACAGUUUUUCGAAGGGACUGAGAAGCUGCUGGAGGUUUGGUUCUCCAGGCAGCAACCUGACUUAAACCAAAUAUCUGGGGAUCUUCGCACUAUCCCACGAUCCGAGUGGGACAUACUUUUUGAAGGAUGUGCAAUGUUCAAUCAUAAGUGUGACAACUGACAAGCAGGACGCUUAUGUACUCAGUGAGAGUAGGACAUUUGUCUCUAAGAGACGUUUCAUUUUGAAGACCUGUGGUACCACCCUCUUGCUGAAAAUGUUGGUUCCUCUGUUGAAACUUGCUAGGGAUUACAAUGGAUUUGACUCAAUUCAAAGCUUUUAUUCUCGUAAGAAUUUCACAAAGUCUUCUCAUCAAGGGUACCCACACUGGAAUUUCCAGGAAGAAAUAGAAUUUCUUAAUGCAGUUUUCCCAAAUGGAGCAGCAUAUUGUAUGGGACGUGUGAAUUCUGACUGUUGGUACUUGUAUACUUUGGAUUUUCCAGAGACUCAGGUAGUCAGUCAGCCAGAUCAGACCCUGGAAAUUCUGAUGACUGAGCUUGACCCAGCAGUUAUGGACCAGUUCUACAUGAAAGAUGGUAUUACUGCAAAGGAUGUCACUUGUGAGAGUGGAAUUUGUGACUUGAUACCAGGUUCUGUCAUUGAUGCCACACUGUUCAAUCCUUGUGGGUAUUCGAUGAACGGAAUGAAAUCAGAUAGAACUUAUUGGACUAUUCACAUCACUCCAGAAUCAGAAUUUUCUUAUGUUAGCUUUGAAACAAACUUAAGUCAGACCUCCUAUGAUGACCUGGUCAGGAAAGUUGUGGAAGUUUUCAAGCCAGGAAAAUUUGUGACCACCCUGUUUGUAAAUCAGAGUUCUAAAUGUUGCACAGUGCUUUCUUCACCCCAGAAGAUUGAAGGUUUUAAAUGUUUUGCUUGCCAGAGCAUUAUGUUCAAUGAUUACAAUUUUGUUUUUACCAGUUUUGCUAAGAAGCCUCAACAACAGCAGAGUUGAUAAGAACAAAUG